AUGUUGAAACAUAAAGCCAACCCUCACAAUUUCGAACUACCGAGCCUACCUCCGGAAAGUCCCAUCAAAAGAACAACCGACUCUGGUAUCAUCCACCAAGACCAAUUUACUAGAAAGAAUUUGAAAUCAGUGCUUCAUUUGAUAACGCAAGAGCUAAAAAAGAGAGGCACCAAGACUCCACAUAUCUUUCUACCCUUUAGAUCAAGGAUUAAAGAUUACAAAUUGAAUGAAUUGCUACUACAGCUUGCGCCACAGGGAGAAUUGAUUCAAGAUGUCUCCAAAUGUAAGGAGAUUUUCUCGACAACAGAUGAGUUUACGCUUAUGUGUUGCCUCAAAUACUUUUGGGCAAGAUUGCCAAAUAGUGAAAUCAUCGGACAAGACGUUUACCGUGAGUUCAAGCGGAAAGAGGCGGAGCAACAUUUUCCCAAAAAUGCAUUUUUAACCAUCAUGCCAAAAUGUUUAUCAUCGCCUGCUCAUGCAUCUAUUGUUUACGAUUUUCUUGAUUUGAUCUUGAACAUAACGUCAAAUGCUCCAUAUAAUAACUUAAGUGGGAGGAAAAUUAGCAAAAUGGCUGGUAUAUGGGCAUUCAAUCCGGAAAAGCCGCUCUCCACCUCCAUAUUCUCAGACGAUAGCAUCGAAACAGAACAUGACUUUGUGGAAGGUAUCAACAAUUGGAAAAAGACGACGGAUGCAAUGUUUCAUUUGGUGUUGGCUUUUCUACGAGCAAUGUUGCCCGAAAAUAAUGCUGAAACGUUAAAGUUACCCAAAACUUUGCAAAGUUUGCUUGUUACAUCACAAUACCCACCAUCUUCUGAAAAGGAAAGCUCCAAGAGUAUUACUAUACCCUGUGUGUGUGUCACUACCACAAAACCAUCCUCCACUGCAUACGAUUUGAUCAGCAAAGUACGACAAAGCUUGACAUUUGACAAACGAGAUAUGUUUUCUAAAGAGAAUUACACUAUAUUGAAGAAUGUGUUUGAAAAGAAAAGCACUAGUGAGAUUGUUGACGUACUCACGGGGGAGUCCAGAAGGAUAAUCGAGCGGAUCACUGAGGAUGAAAUUGACAAUAAGUUCAACUUGAAGCCAGGAUGGGCAGAGCCAAAUAUAAGUGCAAAGCUUUCGAAAAAAGAUGUGCCUCUGAUAACACGCAUUGCUGUGAAAGAUGUAUCGAUCCAGGACUAUUAUAUUUGGGCUUGGUUAUCCUCACUUGCUAGCGAACAACCACCACUGAUCAAGAAAAUAUUUGGUAGAUCAAUUGUGGUUGAGGUGGAGGUUUUGGGAUUUCAGAAAUGGAUAGUUGUUACGGAAAAGACAAUGGAUGAUGAUGCAUAUUACCGUGAGCGCAAGCUCAUGCAGAAGGAGACGGUGCGUAAAAAGGAUGAAAAUACGCCAUUGCCACCUAUACCUGGUCAAAAGGUUUCUCAAGCAACUGAUACGAAGCUGUUACCGUUACCUCCCACUCCCUCGGAGCCCUCUACUAAUGGAGAAGCGAGUCUGGGUCGAGAUGUUUCACCCGAACCAGUGUUACCGCAAGAACUUAUCGACGUGUACGAGCAAUUCGAGCAGCUGUUUGGUGAUGACGAAAUUGUUUUCCCCAACUCUGUUGAUGCGGGUGAAUUGAUGCGACGUGAACAAAUGGGUGCUUCCAAUGAUGCUGAGCUUGACAUGAGUGAUGUUUCUUCGAGAUUUACAAAGGUCACAGUGGGUGAUAUGUAUGCUGGGAGUAAAAGUACAACACCAUCUAGGAAAGCACCUCCCGAAUUAGAAAGAGACGUGUCUCCAACUCAUCAAUUGAAACAGUCCUCGCACAUUGCAAUUCCAGGGCUGUACGAGGUUCCAUCUGAAACUGAUAAUCGAGAUUCGAAGCAACUGGUCGAGGUGAACAUGAAUCCGGAUCAGAAUUUGGCUACUGAGUCCCCCACAUAUCAAGUCAAGAGUAUGUUGAUCAGCACCGAUGUAGAUGCCAAAGAGGAGAAAAAGAAGAAGAAGAAGAAGGAGAGAAAGUUACAGAAACAAGCAGAAGCCGCUCAGCUAGCUGCGGCUCAAGCAGCUGGAUUCUCAACCAUUCUACCACUCGAUUUACCUCCUCCCGAUAUGGGUUCGCGGGAUUUGUUAGCUCCGCCAGGAUUAAAUGAAACCACAGAUCAGCCUCCAGUACGUCUAACACCACUACUACCAAACAAGGACGCAUUUUUGGACAGUGUUGGUUCUCCUAAUGGUGUGGGUAAAAAUAAACCAUUGCCUGUACCUGAAAACGAGUUAAGAGCUAGUGGUGAUCACAAUGGUAUGGAAUCAAAUAAUGACAUAAAGUCAUCUCCAAUGCCGAUGCAAACCGAUGGUCAUCAUGAUGUUAACUCGCCUAUUUUGGAUAGAGGUACAUCUUUGCAUGUACACGAUCAAACAGUGGCAAACGAGUAUUUGCCAAAGGCUAUUCCGUCAUAUGUUGACAAUGCUCAAGUUCAAAUUGCCUCUCAACAAAUGACUUCAGAGGAAGCUACUAGAAGGAGUUCACCAUUUUCCAAGCACACUACACCAUCGCCAAUGGCUUCUCGCUCCCCUGUAAAUGAUUACAACAAUGGCACUGUGCAUCGAGGAAGUGCGCCACAUUCUCAUGAACGCAUGCUGGCUCCGAACAGCGUGAGUUCACAAGGUGGACACAGUGAUAAGUCCGAUAUGGUAUACAUGAACAAACCCACUCCAGUGAGCUACCACCAUGAUGUAUCUCCUGCACCUUCGCUGCAUCUGACGCAACUGAGAUCACCAAUUCCGCCCCAGCAAACACAGCAACAAAGGUAUUAUGAUUUGGAUGGUGUGUCUAGAGUUUCGAAUAGAAGUCAGCUGCCAAUGCAGCAUUCACUGGAGCAAAGGCAUCAUAUGAUGCACCAGCAGCCAUUGCAGCAUCCACAACACUCACAACCGCCACCACCAGCACUGUAUCUUAUGUACCAGCAGCCAAUGCAACAGCCAAUGCAACAGCCAAUGCAACAGCCAAUGCAACAGCCAAUGCAACAGCCAAUGCAACAGCCAAUGCAACAGCCAAUGCAACAGCCAAUGCAACAGCCAAUGCCACAGCCAAUGCAACAGCCAAUGCAUCAACAAUCCAUGGUUCAGCAACCAAUGUCACAACCAAUGUCACAACCUAUGUACCAGCAGCCUAUGUUACAACCUAUGUACACGCAACUAAUGCGCCCUCAACUGCCAUCCCAAAAGCCACCACAUAUGCUGCAACACUCCUAUGCACAACCUAUGCACCAGUCUUAUCCUCCGGCUGGGUAUCAACCUCCACAUCAGCAUCGCCCAAUGAAAGCAAUGCCUGGUUGGCAGCAACAACCUUUGCCUGGACCUGCACCCGGUGGCCCAAGUCAUUAUCUGUCUGCGCCUACUUCGAUGAACAUGGUCCCAGUUGGUGUCAAGCACAACAAAAAUAAGGCAGCCAAUAAAGCCAAUUUACGACAUGCAUUGAUUGAUGGUAAUUAUGGAAUUUAG